AUGGCCUCGACUUACUUACGUCCGUUGGCAAACCCUAAACGGGUCAAGUUAGUGUCAACCUGUGACGUUUGCAAAAACCGUAAAGUCAAAUGUGAUAAAGAACGACCGGAAUGCGGAACUUGUAAAAAAACAAAUCGAAAAUGUAGUUAUACUUACGCGGCUUUUACAGAAUCGAUAAGAGAGAAACAGAAUGGUUUAAGAUCACAAGCGGAUUCUAGUUUUCUUCAAACUCAAUUAAAUUAUUUACAGAAUGUACAGUUUGGACAAUUAUAUGAAGAAUCGGGUUUUUUAUCGAUGGCUUCAAGAAGUUUUGGUAUAGAAGUUAACAAUGGUCAAAAUAUUGCUGGAAUGUUAGCGAUGCCAACGACUUCAAUGGCGGCCGAUGUCAAUAAUUAUGGUCUUGACGCAACAUCAUUAAUAACCACUGAGGUUCUUCAAAAUUCCUCAAAUGUUGCGGCUUCGAUUCAGAGGGAUGCUGAACAAUGCCAAUACGAUCCUACAUAUUAUUUAAAUUGCACCGAUUUUGCUGCAUUAUUACAAAGCCAACAAUACCAAUCUCAAUCAGCAGAAACUCAAUCGACAAACAAAAUGCAAUCACAACAAACUUCACAAUAUCAACAAAGUCAACCAAAUCAACCAAAUCAACAGAUACAAUACAUUGAUCAGGGAAUGCAUUCUGGGGAUACUGUUGAUGAACUCGCAUCUAAUAUAGAAAAUUUAAAUCUUUACGAGUCAACAAGAUAUAUUGGGGAAGGAUCAUUAUUACUGUUAGAUGAUGAUAACUUUGGAGAAAUGAUAAUUCCUCAAACUCAACCAGAUUUAUCGCAACAUGUUCAUCGUUAUUUUCCUGCAUUAAAGCAACAGACUGUAUGGAAUUCUCUUAAAGAUUUAAAUAGACCGCAGCAUCUGUUAUUGUUAAAUUGUAUUUUUUUUACAGCUUCACCUUUUCAUGAAGAUCCAGACAAAAAAGAUGGAAGAAUAUAUUUUGACAGGGCUGAAGCUUUACUUUACGAAUAUUGUACAUUGCCGCAUGCUCUUACUGUUAUGUCUAUAAUUAUCCUGGGACAUCACAAUAAACAGACGGGAGCAAAUUGGAUGUACAGUGGCAUUGCAACCAAAAUGUUAUUUGAACUUGGUUUACACCGCAAAUUCAAGAAUAAAAUACGUGUUGAGGUGGAGCAAUUAAGAAAUGAAGCAUUUUGGAUGUCGACGUAUGGACGUCCUAACAUGAUUGAUGAAACAGAUUGUGAUGUCGAUGUACCUAAAGUGAUAUUAAAUCCAUAUCCAAUGGAUGAAAAUGAUCGACUUGAAAUAGCUUACAUUCAUUUAAUUAAUCUUAGUAGGAUCUGUGCUAGAGUACGUAAGUAUCUGCACGCAUCAAGACUAAGGGUUUUGGUACGAGAUGACGAAAAUAAAUUUAGAAUAUUAGAUGCUGCACUUGCAAAUUGGUCUCAUUCUUUACCAAGAUGGUUAAGGUUUGAAGAAAUUGCUAAGGAUCCUGAUGGUGCAUUAUUGAAUGGAGUCGGCGGUGAUUUACAUAUUUUUUUCCAUACCGUCUUGAUUCUUCUUCAUAUCAGACAUUUAAAACCUCCAGAAGAGUAUCAGAUUCAAAUAUUAAAUUCUCCUGUAAUUUGCAAGCAAUCUGCCACGAUCAUACUUCAUUGUCUUGAAAUAUUACUAGAAAAACAUCCGGAUUUUUUUGCUCUGGCAUUAUCUGGUCCAUUUGCGAUUAGUCCAGCAAUGAGGGUAUUUUCUUGGCAUGCAAAAUAUGAAGAAAAUAAAAAAGCUACCGAAAUGCUUAAACGUCUUGAAGAUAUAAAAUCUAGGAUUACGGAAUUAUCUAAAAAUUAUGAUCGUGGUAGAAUUGAUGAUGAGGGAAGAAUGGACGGAGAACAUGUAUUUACAGAGUGGUUAGGAAUUCCAUCCCAUCCUCGAAAUAGGAUGAUCGAUAAUGAUACGUCUAAUCUAAGAGAAUGGGAAGUUUUUAUUGCUGAUGAUGAUAGAAAUUUAAGAAGACAAUAUAGUUGGAUUGCAAGAAAACAAUCUGGUGGACCCUUUAUGCCUAGAAGAAAAACUUCAAGUUUUUCUAGGUCAAUGAGCCUAAAUAGUAAUUCUUCAAUUUACAUGAAGGGUAAAUCGUUUAGUUCUAGCUUUGAUUUUAUGAAUUCAAGUCAAAAUAUGGAAGAUCUUAAUUUUACGUUUAAAACAGAUAAAAAUUUUGAUUUUUCAGCCUUUUCGCAAUUAUCUGAUCAAAAUUUGAGUUUACCUCAGGUGACAUUAGAUGGUGUGCUUGUCGAAGAACCAGAACAAUUCGAUCAAGAUCAUAAACAAUUUUGCGGAAAUUCACAAUAUCAUACUCCUUUACAACAAUCUCCUCAAUUGCAACCACAACAAUUUAAUUCCCCUUAUCAUUCACCGCUUCAACAGUCACCACAACUUCAAGCGUCAGAUUAUCAUACGCCACUUAAUCUUUCACCGCAACUUAAUCCGCAAGGUUAUAUUUCACCUUUUCAACAAUCGCCUCAAAUACAACCGCAAGAUUAUGGUAAUUCUUCACAUUUGAACCAAUUUGGUUCACCACAUUUACAACCAUAUGAUUCGCCGCAAUACGAUCCAUCGCAGCAGCUUCAGCCUCAACAAUUCCAUUCGUCACAGCAACAAGAUCAACAACCACAACUCUUUUCUCAUGAUGAACUUGAUUUAAAACCCGAUGGAUUUUGGAGCGUUUUACAUAAUGAAAAUAAUAAUAAUCAUCUGGGAAAUUCAUCUAUAAUAAAUGAUAGUGGAUUCUCAGAUGGAUUAAAUGGUAAUGAAAAUGAUUGUGACUUUAGUGAAGUAGGUUUAGGAAUCUCUGUAGAGAAUAAGAAGUAG